AAAGGAAAUAUUUCGUAAUUUAAGUACAUUUCAUUGCUAAGAUGCCAAAUUUUAGCGUGCUUGUUAUUUCUGAACAGCUCAGUUCUGUCUAAACUGUGUUAGCUGGGAAUGCAUUUCCACGUAUUGAUGUGGAACUGAAUGUGGAAUUUUUUUUUUGGGUAGCGUAAGCAGCCUGAGUUUGCUCUGUAGGUAGACAAAAAUGCCUUUUAUGUCCAUUUCAGGAGGAAAGCAAUAAAAGGGAAAAAAUGUGGGUGAAUCACAGUGAGAAAGACGUCAGUAUGAGUGUGUGAUCCUUGGCUCAAAGAAAAGACACGCUGUCCAAAUAUCCGACAGUCACUCGUGUACACAUGGCCAUGAUGGAGAGGAAGAAGCAUGGUGCAUCACAACGAACCUCCUGACCCCUCUGCCUUGCCGCAAGACGUCGUGUCAGUCGCUGUGUCUCCUCCGUCUGCUCUGACUCUCUCGGACCCUCAGACCCACUUCCGGCUUUUUCGGGACGCGGACGAGCGGUCCUUAGUGUCUGUGACGACACAGUUCCUGGGGAACAGUGGAUUUUACUGGGGUCCCCUGGAUGUGGACGAAGCUCACACCAGACUGGCGUCUCUUCCAGUCGGCACCUUCCUAAUCCGGGACAGUAUGCAGACGGACGUCUUCUUCACGCUGAGCUAUCGUGCUGCGGACGGACCCACCAGCGUCCGCGUCCUCCUUAAAGGAGGAAGGUUCGUCCUGGAUGGGAGCAAACACAAUUUCCCCUGCUUGUUCGAACUGCUGCGGUUUUACAUGACGUCCCCUAAGAGGAGUCUGAAGCAGCCGUACAGGGGUCCUGCACCACAAAAACUCCAGGAGUUGUGCAGGAGAGCCGUGGUGAAAACCUUCGGAAAGGAAAACCUGGAGAAACUUCCCGUGAGCUCUGUGCUGAAAGGUUUCCUUCAGUCAUAUCCUUUCAGCAUUUGAAAAGUAUGCUGUGUCCUUGUAUAUUUAUUCAUACGGGAUUUUACAGACCAUCAUGUCUUGUUCAUUACGUCCAUGAUUGUGGUACCAUUACCUUUAAAUGCACUACAUCAGGAGUUUAUCCUGAUCUUCUUCACUCACCUGCUAUGCAGGCCAUCUGGUAUUUAUUCAUUUUGUUUUUGUACUUUGUGUCACCUGGUAAACAACAUAGGAAAUGUAAGAUGUAAGUGUAAGAUAUGUUUAUAAGUUCUGUAAUACCACGAUGCUGUAGACAAACGAGUACUGUAAAACGCAUUUCAUAAGGCAUUCUAAACAUUAAUAAAAGACUGUAGUUAUUUC